GUCUUCUUCCCCAACUCUUUUUUUUGGCUUUUGUAUCCCUCUCGUUGCAGGCGGCUGUUGCUACUCAGAUCUCUUCUCCAAAUUGAACUAGGAACUCAUGUGGUUCUGAAUAGGCAAUUCACGUGCAUCGCAGAGAUAAAGUGAAAAAAUAAAAUAAAAGUAGAGUGACCCGUGAACUCUCUCACUUGCACGGACGUGACACGUGAGCAUGAUUUGUCCAUUCGAGACGAAGCUGCCCUCUUUCCUCCUUCCAUUACUGUACUGAGUUACAGUGUUCUAAAGGUACAACGUCCUAAUCUACAGUUUUUUUUCUUUUGGUUUGGGGUUCUGGAAAUUAAAGAAAAAAGGGUAGUACUUUCUUUUUAAGGUCAUUGUUACUUCUUAACGUUCUUCUUAUAGACAAAAUGUCCAGCUAAAAGCUUCGGAGAUCAGUGUUUUAUUUCGUCUCUUCUCUUGUCUGUAUUAUUGAGAGCCAGCCAAAUCGUUUUUGUCGGUAAGGUUUAGUAGUGAAUGGCUACUUUUCAUACUGUUAAAGAUGCGGUUAAGCUCUUUGACGCUGGCUUCUCUGGAGGAAAGCCUCUCAACAAGAGACAAGAACAGGGAGUGUUGGUGGAUGAGACAAACCUCUGUCUCUGGAACAGAGAGAUUAACAAGUUGAAGGAAAAGAUAAAGAAUACUGAGAAGAUCAAGAUUGAGGCUUUGUUAGAGCUUGAUGAAGCUAAGAAAACUGUUGAACAUCUCUGUCAGAAGCUGGGAACUAAGCUGAAUAUGAGAAAUGAUGAGAAAGAGUUUGAUUUGAGUACUAGUGUGAGAGGUGUGACUACAGAGCUAGGCUUUGCUAAGGAAUCGAUUCACAGAGUAGCUGAAGAGGAGGGUGAAUUGUGUAUAUUAGUGGAGUCUCUUAAGCUCGAGCUUCAAAAAGUAGAGAAAGAACAUUCAGAGCUUAAAGAGAGUGAGCAAAGAGAAAGGAAUCAAGCCAUUGAGGAGCUGAAGAAGGAAGCCAAAGAUGCAAAGACAGAACUCUCGCUGUUAGAAGGGGAGCUUAAGAUUGCUCUUUCCGAAGCUCAAGAAGCAAAAGCAGCAGAGGCACAUGCCAGAGAACAGUUGAAUGUUGCAGUUAUACAAUCUGAUUUCAGAUCAUCAGCUGAGGUAAAAGAAAGUGGUGCCGAAGAAUUAACUGAGACAGAAGCGUUAAGAGCUUGUAGAGAUGAAACACUCAAGACGCUAGAAAUGAGUGAGAGGGAGAUUGAAGAUAUAAAAGCGGCAACACAAGAUGCCUUGAAGAAAGCUGAGAUGGCUCAAGAAGCUACAGUUGUGGUGGAUGUUGAGCUUAAACGACGGCGUAAAGCAGCGAGUAGGGUCUUGGCAGAAUCCAAAAUGUGUGCCAAAUCUACAAAGGAAGUGGUCAAGUCGAAACCGAGAUCAGCGUCAUUGUUUGGUCAAGUGUUAGAAGAAUCUGGUCUCUUUUGUAAUUUGUGAAAAUCUGUGUAACUCAUAAAUCAUAAUUCGAACAAGGUUGUAGUCACAGGUGUGUGUGGUUUCGAAAUGCAAAUAUUAUCAGCAUUAUGAACUAAA